UUGGCCCGUGACCUGAACACAUUACCCACCCACGCAAACGCCCACCAUGUCCUCGCGCUUGGCCCUGCUGGAGAGGUUCGUGGAAGAUGAGUGCAUUCCGGCUGAGCCCGUAUUCACGCGGGAGAUGGCAGAAAUCGAGGCGAGGACGGGAACCCGGUGGGAGGAAGUCCCGGCGGUGUUGUCGAGACUCAAGGCAAAGGCUCAAUCUCUCGGCUUGUGGAACCUCUUCAUGCCCAAGGGGCACGAAGGGAGCGCGAAUGUGCCGAUGCAGGAAUACGCACAAAUGAGCGAGCUGAUGGGACGCUCGUCUAUCGCUCCUGAGGCGUGCAACUGCUCCGCACCCGACACCGGCAACAUGGAGGUGUUCGCCAACUAUGGCAGUCCCGAGCACAAGGCGACGUGGCUGAUACCACUGCUUGAAGGCAAGAUUCGAAGUGCGUUCCUGAUGACCGAGCCUGCGGUUGCAAGCUCAGACGCCACAAACAUUGCCUGCGAUGUGCGCAGAGAAGGCGACAUGUACGUGAUCAACGGCCGCAAGUGGUGGAGCUCUGGAGCGAUGGAUCCACGAUGCAAGGUUGCCAUCGUCAUGUGCCGCCACGGGGGCGCUGAGUGGGAUGCGAAGGGGUUCCAUGGCCGCCACAGCAUGGUGGUGGUUCCGAUCGAUGCGCCUGGCGUGACGAUGGUCCGAGCUCUCAAGGUCUUCGGGUACGACGAUGCUCCGCACGGUCAUGCCGAGGUCGAGCUCAGGAAUGUUCGUGUUCCACUAUCCAGCAUCCUGCUGGGCGAAGGGAGGGGCUUCGAGAUUGCUCAGGGAAGGCUCGGGCCCGGAAGGGUGCACCACUGCAUGCGUGCUGUGGGGAUGGCGGAACGCGCCUUGGCAGCCCAUAUUCAGCGCUCUCGGGACCGUAUCGCGUUCGGCAAGGCGCUUAGCGAAGACAGCCUCGUAAGACAUCAUGUGGCACAGAGCCGGAUGGAGAUCGACCAGUCUCGGCUUCUCGUCCAGGACUGCGCUGCGAAACUCGAGGCGUUUGGUCUACAAGGAGCCAUCCAGGAAGUCUCGAUGAUCAAGGUGGUGGUGCCGAACAUGGCAUGCCGGGUUAUUGAUCGCGCAAUCCAGAUGCACGGCGGCUUGGGGGUGUGCCAAGACACGUUCUUGUCAGAAGCUUAUGCCCACAUGCGUACUUUGCGGAUCGCCGAUGGGCCCGACGAAGUGCACACACGCAGCGUUGCCAAGUACGAAUAUCGGCGAGCCGCAGGGAUGGCAUUGUCCUCCCGCCUUUGAAUGGAUGGGCGAUCCUUUACUCCCAUAAAAUAAGGCAUGGGCGUGGUCGAAGUACCAGAACAGGACCCGCGCGUCUUUGGCUGGUGGCACAUUUCGUUGAAACUUGCACUUGUAGAAAAUGCGUUUCAUGAUUACUGUAUCCUGCAGUUACGCCUCAUAACCUGGCAAACAUUCAAAGGCUUAACGAAGAAGAGCGAAUGUCUGUCGACAACAUGAGUGUUUCUAUUCACCAUUCACCUCAUACGUUGUGGUACACACCUCAGAAGUAUAUCAGAUCGUAUGCAUACAAGAUGUGAAGUAAACAAUUUGUUUCACAGACACGGCUGAGUUUUGGGUGCUACAUGCACGAACGACUACAUCAUUUCGUUUGUGUGCGGUUGAUGCCUGCCCUGGUAGGAGGCCUCAGGGAGAGGAACCCUUCUUCUGUGUGAUGACGGGCUGGAGUAAACAGCAGUGCUCGCUGCUGUGAACGCUGACUUGCAGUCAA